CCCAUAUGAAUUUGCAAGACUUCAUGUAACAACUAGGAGCAGCACAUUAAAAUGUCCCUCCAGAAACCUCCAUUCCAGACACUGCUGAAUAAGUUACGAUCAGUGCUCUAGCCUUAAUUAAAAUGCUCAAAGUAAAUACAUCAAAACUAAUUGAUAGCAUGCUAGAGCAGGCAUCCCCUUUGAAGUCAUGGGUCUCCUAUUGGGAGACAUUGUAGAUGACUAUCACAUCAGAGUCUAUGAUGUUUUCUCAAUGCCCUAAACUGCCAGCAGUGUUUCUGUUGAAUCUGUCGAUCCUAUUUUUCAAUAAAAAAUGGUUGAACUCCUCAAUUUAACUGGGAGAAUGGAGAAUUGUAUUGGAUGGUAUCAUUCCCAUCCAUCAUAUGGAUGUUGGCUAUCAAGUGGUAUCUAUUCAAUUCCGAAUAUUUGCAAGUCGACAUCAAUACACAAUAAUCAUAUGAAUAGUUAAAUAAGAAAUCCAUUGCAGUUGUUAUCGAUCCCAUUUAAUCAGUGAGAGGCAAAGUUGUCAUUGAUGCAUUUAGACUCAUUCCCUAAUAAAGUAUGAUCACAUAAUAAGAACCCCGACAGACCACUUCCAAUACUGGGCAUCUUCAAAAACCAGGACUAGAAGCACUGUUGAGAGGACUCAAUAGAUACUACUAUUCAAUCAAUAUCAAAUUUAAAUGCAAUGAUUUGGAGUAGAAGAUGCUUCAGAAUUUGUAUAAGAACAGUUGGGCAGAGGGAUUGAAGUAAUUGAAAUAAGUAUACUUAGGUGCAAUUCAGCAAUUGAAAAUAGCAAUAGAAAUGAGUAAUGCGUUGAGGAGAUGUCAAAAUUGGCAUGUGAAUAUUAAAAAUUAAUUGGUAUUUGAUUCCGUUAGCAUUUAGAGGACGAAUCGAAAAAGGGAGAGUAGGAAACCAAGAUAAAGAAUACAGGAAAGAAGGACCCGAAAAGACAUCUGGGAUUGAAGGUUGACGAUUUGUUAGAUGAAAAUCUGAAUGCCAUUUUGGGAAGAAUGAUGGCUACUAAAGCAUUCUGAAU